AUGCAGGAUUUGACCGUCGUUGGACCAGCUCUCGUCAUGUCAAUUCUGAAGCGAUUUUCAGAGGAAAUCAUGGGAAGAUUUGAGGACCAGCGAGAGGGUUGCAAGAAAUGUGCAACUCUAACGGAGAUUGAAGAUUUUCUGAAGUCUGAAACAUGCAGCUCCGCGCUGCUGGUGACCGGUCUCAUCUGUCUGAUCGUGGGAUUUGUAGCCCAAUUUCUGUCCCUAACCGUCCACAUCGCUGCGUGGAUCGCCAAAGGUCAACAAUUGCAGCAUGGUGCUGCCAACGCUCACCCGACGUUUUUCAUCAAAAGGACGACUGAAAUGCCGUUUAUUUUCUCAGAGGAACCAACGAUGAGGACAACGCUGACCGUCACGGCACUGUUCAUUUUAACCGCGAUGUACCUAAUUUACACUUUCUACUUUAUUAUGACGGUUACUUCGUACACUGCUCACAUCGGAGAGGUCAGAGUGCGGUGAUAACUGGUUCCAAUAAAUUGUGAUUCUGGAAAUCAGUAUCUCGAGAGAGCGAUCUUCACAAGACUCCCAUCAUCGCUGGACGAGAACUUAGAGUCGGCGCAGUGAACGAACCGCGCGCCUUUAAUUGAGGCGUUAUGCAAUCUGACCUACUCUGGAGUUCGAAUAGUUGCCGCUCGGGGUUUGACCGAACUUUCCGCUGAGAUCUUCCGUGGACUCCACUGCGCAGGCUACAAAACUCUUCGCAAGAAAUGUAGGCGAUUGAGCAUAUUGUUAGUUGGCAAGUAUAGCUGACUAAGAGAGAAAAAACUACCAUAGAAAGAAUAAGCAUCAUUCAACUAUUCGUUGUUCUUUUUUAUAUGCUUUUCGCUUUUUUCACCUAGGAAAAUGUAUCAAUCUCUAUUGGUGUGAAACAAAAUCAGCUGCGUUGGACAAAAAAAAUGACCAAGUAAACAGAAGUGCUGCCAAAGUUGUACAGUACAAAGAACUGGAGCUGCGCUUAAAAUAUUAAAAAAUUAAUUGACAAUGUCCAGGUGUAAAAACAAAAACAGAUGGUGAAAAACCGGAGCAUAUUUGUUGUGUCAGCUCGAGUAAGGUGCAUAAUCAUAGCAGCAGUGCAAAACACUUGGUCAAUUCCUGUUGUCAAGAUGAUUCUGUUGGCAGUACACAGAAAAGCGAUAGGUGAGAGAAUGAAAAGAAGGCUGAUGAUGGCUUCAAAUGUUCUUCUAAUUAACAGAAAGUCUUACACGUGAUGAAAAAUUAAAUUAGGAGGAAAUUCACUGUAAAGCAAAAAAUGGGGGUAAAUAAGGUCAGUGCGCUUGAUAAAAUUAGAUAAAAAGUGUCUAAAAA